GCUCUCCAGGGUUUCAAACAGAUGUCUUUCUCAGCUUUACCUGGGACUUUCAGCAGGCAAAGCAGGUAGUCUCCCUCUGGACUGUGGCCCUUUCCCCGCCUAGCCUGACGAUUGAGAUCGAGCUUGUGUAUGAAUCUCCAGGUCAUGCUCUGAUGGGCAAAUGGCUGAGCCUCUAUGACCCAGCUAAUCUCAAUGCCGGACUAAGGGGCUAUGUGAAAGUUCACCUCUGUGUCCUUGGAGCUGGAGAUCAGGCGCCGGAUGCAGCCCAUUUGCCAGACAGUGGCGAUUUGGAAGCCAACCUCCUGCAGGCAGCAGUAAUGCCAGCAGUACGCAGAGCCAUGCUCCAGCUCUUCGUAUACCGAGCAGAAGAUUUGUCUCCAAGUGUCCUCAACGUCGGGCAGGACCGCAGCUCGUACCAGCCCAUCGACCACCCGGAGCCGCUGCGCCCCUACCCAGACGUGACUACCAAGGCCUCCCCACCUCCUCCUUAUUGAGGCGUCCCUUGAACCGUCCAAAGAACACUGGGCCCUUUCCUUGCUGCGCUGGGGAACAAAACCGUCUUCGCCACUUAGCCCCAACCCCACUUCUUCCUCCCUACCAGAGGAAGCGUGGUUUCUAAAAACCAGUCUAGGAGGGGAGGAAAAAAACUUUGGCAACAAAGCAGCCUGUGGCUUCGACUUGAGGGUUUUGUCAUAGUUUCUGCUGCGAAUCCAGAGCGCACCUUGGACAACGAUGUUUUAAAGUCCGUCCCCCCCCCCCCGAUCCCAGAAAUGUCAUAUGUACAACUCUCUGCAAUUUCCUUCUGCAAUAGCAAAGUUCUCUGUAUUUUUUCCCAGCCACAUUGAUGCUGAUCGAUUCAGCCUCUCAAGGCUACCCUGGGAAGAGUACCCCCCCCAAUAAAAUAGUCCCCCCCCUCACUAAGAGACUCAGCAAGAGAGUUGUUAGCUGGAGGAUCUGUCUGCUUACAGGAGCCAGCUAAUAUUAUUUCCAAAGAGCAAUCCAUGCCCUCGCCCGUUGCUGCAACUGUGCCAUUUUUCUGCCGAUGAUUUGCUGCAGGCACACACCUUCUGAUGACUGCUGUAGGUGUGCUGAUCGUUUUUCUCUCUCAAAAACACUUUUGUGCCUUAGAGAAAACACACAGCCUUCCUUUCUUCCCCUGUUCUUUGUAUGUAUGAUUGUUUUCCUAGAGAAAAUUAAAGAACCCUUUUAAUAAAACGUUUCAGU